GGAAGGUGCCAGGGCAUGUCCAGCUGCCUUGGAGAUGGGGGAGCCAAGGCCCAGAGGGAACAGGGUCUGCCUCUGUCACCCAGUGAGGGGCAGAGCCAGCUGUCCCCAGGCCCAGGGCUCUGCAUCCUGGCUGAGGCCUCCCCUUUCCCUGCCCUGAGCUACAAGGAAACGUUGACUUCCUGCUGGGGACAGCCUGGGCCUUCUGGUUCCUCCCAUAUGUAUGUCCCUGCCCAGCCCAGAGCAGUGCCCAACCCAAGUCUGCAGCCACGCCCAGGUAGCUCCAGGGCCACAGGGCACCACAGCUGGAGGUCAGUCCCUGCACAGAGCAGGAACAUGACAUCUGGGCUGGGGAGAGGCCUGUGGAGCUUGCCUGAGCGCCGAGUCGUCCGUUUCUGCCCAGCGUGCCGGGGGGAGGUAAAGCCAACCUUCCACUUCUGCCCGUUCUGUGGAGACCUCUUGCCAGAUAAGGAUGCUCCAGGGGACGGAAGCUCUCCAGAGGAACAUGGGACCGCAGGAAAAGUCCCCCAGAAGAGAGAGGCCCACCGAGACCAAGGAGUCCAGGGGAAGAAAAGAAAGUGGCCCCAGCCCUUCACUUGGCCUCCUUCAUCCACUGCAAUAUCCCAGGAGGCCGCGGAGGAGGAAGCACCGUCCUGCUUCCUGGGGAAGGCCGGAGGCCAGGACCCCCACCAGAGACAGAAGCCUGUCAAACCACUGUCUCCAGAGUCUUUGGGGACGUCCACGGUCCUGAUGGACAAGGAUGGCCGGCGCUGGAGGCUGGGGGCGCUGGUGCGCAGCAGCCAGAAUGGGAUGCUUUUUGAAGCCGUAUCAGCCUCUGAAACCACCCUUCUGAAGCAAAGAUUUUCCCUCAAACUAGACUUGAAGAGUGGACGCCUCUUCCACGAACAGAACUUCUUCCAGAGAGCAGUGAAAGAGAAAGAAGUGAACAAAUGGAAAAAGUCGCAUUUCGUGCCCUUCUUGGCCAUCCCAGCCUGCAUCAGCUUUGGCCUGCACCACGACACCCAUAGGUUCCUGGUAUUCCCUGACCUGGGAAGAAGCCUUCAGUCCAUCCUGGAUGACCGCCCCAACAACGUCCUGACAGAGAAGACUGUGUUCCAUCUCUUGUUCAGACUGGUGGAUGCACUGGAAUUCAUCCAUGAGAAUGAGUACGUUCACGGGAACAUCUCAGCAGAGAAUAUAUUUGUGAAUCCUGACACCCUUGGCCAGGUCACCCUGGCCGGCUACAGCUUCGUGUUCCGAUACUGCCCAGGGGGCAAACACGUGGCGUACGUGGAGCAGAAAAGAGCCACUCACCAAGGACCGCUUGAGUUCAUCAGCUUGGACCUGCACAAGGGCGUAGAUCCUUCCCGCCGGAGUGACAUGCAGGCCCUUGGCUAUUGUCUUCUGAAGUGGCUCUACGGGGCCCUGCCCUGGACCGGUCAGCUUCCUGAUGCCCAGGCGGUCAUGAGGCAGAAGGAGAGGUUCCUGAACAACAUAGCUGAGCUCAUGAGGCAGUCCUGUGGCCAAAGAAGGCCUCCAGAAGCUCUGGAGGCCUACCUGAACACAGCAAUGGCUCUCCAGUAUGCGGAGAAACCCAACUACAGAAUGCUGCAGACGGUCUUGAUGUCGGCUCUUGAAAACCACCACGUUAAACCGUAUGACUCCAUCAGCUUCUAGACUGUCCCAUAGAUUUAUCCGCUUCUGUUUGAGUGCUUUCUCAAAAAGUGAUGAUGAAGCCAGUCUGAAUGGCCAUCUGACGCUGUCCUGGAUACGUAGCCAGAGUGUGGAACAGUCUGCACCUGCUGCAGAGCUGACCUCUUUAGGAGACAUUUAGAAAUUGUCUCAGAAAGCUUGUGUCUUAAAUCUUAGAUAAUGUGAAAAUCCAGUUACCUCCCAUUAGACCCACUGAUUAAGUAGAAGCCACGGCAUAGAGAGGAAGGAAGGCAGGAAUCCAGAGAGGUCUUGCUCAGGGUGGGGCAUCACCAAGGGUCUGUGGCCGUGGGUCGUCCCACAGGGUCAGUGAUGCUGGAGCUUGGGCUGCAUAUAUGUCGGGCCUGUCCCCUGUGUACACUUAUGUGGUCUGCUUGUGGCCACGUUCACACAGACACUUAUCCCCCAGCCUCAGAGCAUCUCACCACAGAGCCCUGUCUUGGUGGUUUUGUCCAUGGCCAUGUGUUCUUCUUUGAUCCACUGUUACACGUUCCUGUCGCUGGGUCUCCUGCUUCCCACUGCCACAAGCCCAAUCGCAGCUGUUUUGCCAGAACUGUUACAUCGCUUUCACAUCCCUCAAUGUGCUCUGUAAUCACACUCAUGAUGCCUGGCGUGGUGUGACCACAAUGGGUGUGCUGCCCAUCUGCACAGCCGGACUGUGGGGAGGAACCAUUUUGCAUCUUCUGGCCUCGACACCUGUCUCCUACCUACGUCACUUUGCUGUGUUCUCUGGACGUUCUGCCGCGGUGGCCUGCUAGAGACUCUUGGAUUGGUUCAGGUGGAAAGGUCCUUAGGCAUCGUCUACACCAGCCAAAAAAUGGCUUAGAAGUCAUGGGGCCCUAGUCUUUAAACUGAAGCACAGGGCAGUGCAUGAUGGCAGAACCCAAAGGAGAUGGUGAAAAGAGAGACUUACCCUGAAUAAGGAACUUUCACUAAGGAUGUGACUCAUGGAUUUGCAUCCCUGGAGUGGAAAAGAUGUUCCCGAAUAAAAGCAUGGAGGACAGAGAGCUUGUGGUGGGGAGAUAAGCCCAGGAUGUGAGACACGGAGGCUCAGCCUGAAAGGAGGUCAGAGGGCCUCUGUUCCAAUGCUGGCCUGAGUAAGAAUCCCAAUUCCACCCAACA